AUGGGAAAAUAUGCGAAUGCAGGAACAAAUUUAAGUGUACAACAUUUCAAUAUUACAUGUGCUGAUUCUAUUUUAGAUUGGUGUGUCGAGAACAGAAUUGGCUUACCGAACUGUUCAUGGACGAUAGGAACAUUUCGAAGUCAUUUUUAUACCAUGGCAGCCUUACUCAAUCCAUUAUAUCCCGAUCUAAUGAAUAAUAAUAGCGGACUGGCAUUGAUUCGGUUAGGAGAUGGAGAAAUGAAGCUUAUGUUUGGAAUUUCCGUGCGAUCUAUUGAUCCAUGGUCAUGGCCUGGUGGUCAAUCAAGAUUAGGACUUGAUUUGAGAAAAGCAUUACGCUAUCCUAAAUAUCAAUAUAAUGCAUUUAGUCCAGUGUACUAUGGGAUAUAUGAUGCUAAGGACAUUUGUCCUUUCCAUGAACUUCUCACAAUGAUCUACCAGCAUCCAAAAUAUUUAACGUACACAAAUUUAUUCGUCAAUUCUAACUAUCCUAGUACAAAAUUAUUGCACCGUUCGCUAAUUCGAGAUCAUCGGAAAAAAAUUAUUCUGAUUAUUAACAAUGGAACUAGCUCAAAAAAAUUACUUGAACUUAAUGAAUGGGCUUGUGAAAUAGUACAGUAUCCGAAUGAUGGACCAUUGUUAUGGGAAAACCAUCAGUUUAGAGAAAAAGCAAUUGACAAAAUCGUAGCUACAGCAAAACGUUAUAGAAAUCGGCUAUUCGCAUUUUCAGUAGGUCCAUUGACGAGAGUUCUUAUUCAUCAUGCUUGGCUCGAGAAUCCAUUCAAUCGUUAUAUAGACUUCGGUUCUACAUUAGAUGAAAUGAUAAAAGACAGGGUGACUCGACCAUAUCAGUCGAAUACGGAACUCAACCAUGAUCCAACAUAUAUUAUAAAUUUUGACGCAAACAAACGCCUUUUUCAAAUAUCAACUGUUAACUGA